AUGAUCAAAAAGUUGACCUUUAACAGAGUGGGAAUUGGCAAUAUUAUUUUGUCUUUUUGGUGCAUCUCCUAUUUUUGUGUUAUUGUCUCUUGGGCUGCUUUUUAUAUGAUUAGCUCAUUUUCUAGCACUUUUCCUUGGGAGACUUGCGACAAUUAUUGGAACAAAAAGAAUAUUUGCGUUGAAACAAAUAUGCCUGGAGGCAAUGUGACAACAACAAACACUUCGCUAAUUAGCAAUAGAACUGUUGAAUCGUCUGUUGAGCAAUAUUGGGAAUAUCGUGUCCUUCAGCAAACAUCAACAAUUUCUGACCUUGGAGGUAUUCAAUGGGAAUUGCUUGGAUUAACUUUUCUUUCAUGGGCUGUUGUCUAUUUUGCUUUGUGGAAGGGGAUAACUCAAGCGAGAAAGUUUGUCUAUUUCUGUGCAAUUUUCCCCUAUAUUCUUAUUGCUGUAUUGCUUGUUCGAGGAUUGACUUUGCCUGGUGCUGGGGAAGGCAUUAAAUUUUAUUUGAUGCCAAAUAUUACCAAACUCAAAGAAAUUACAGUUUGGAAAGAUGCUGGCACUCAAGUUUUCUAUAGUUAUGGUGUUGGAUUUGGAACGCUUAUUGCUCUUGGCUCCCAUAAUAGAUUCUACCAUAAUUGCUUUCGGUAUUUUUUCUCUUCUUUUUUUAAGUAUUUUCAAUUUUUUUUAAUUUUUAGUGAUGCGAUCCUUGUCUGUUUCAUUAACGGAACAACUUCAAUUCUUGCUGGAUUUGCCAUUUUCUCUAUCCUUGGCUAUAUGUCUUUUAUAACUGGAAAAGAAAUUAAGGAAAUUGUGAAGCCUGGUGUUGGUCUAGCCUUCCAAGCAUACCCAGAAGUUGCUAGUAAAUUGCCAUUCAAGCAAGUUUGGGCAUUUCUUUUCUUCUUGAUGAUUACUAUUCUUGGUUUGGACAGUCAAGUUUGCAUGCUUGAAGGGUUAUUCACAGCAUUGGAAGAUACUUUUCCUUUGCUUUUGCGAAAAUACAAAAAGGGUUUUCUUUUGGUAACUUGCAUUACUUUUUUCAUCAUUGGAAUUCCUAUGGUUACCCAGUCUGGUGCCCAUUGGCUUACUUUGGUGGAUAGUUAUGGUGCUUCUGGUAUGGCUCUCCUUUUUGUUGUUUUCUUUGAAGUUUUUGGCCUUGCUUGGGGAUUUGGUACGCACAGAGUUAGAGAUGCUUUAUUUGAGAUGGUUGGUUUCUACCCUCCAGGUUGCUUCACUUUUCUCUGGAAAUUUACUGCUCCGCUUAGUGCUAUGGUUCUCUUUGUCUUGUUCCUUUUUAUGUAUGAACCUCUUCGUUAUCCAAAUGGAGAAGAAUAUCCCUUCUGGGCCGAAGCUUUUGGUUGGGGUCUUUCUGCUUGCUCAAUUGUUGUUAUUCCUGGUUAUAUGCUCUACUAUUGUUUUAACUCUAAUGAUUCUAGAGGCCCAUUUACGGUUUGUUUUUGUUUUUAUUUUGAAUUCUCUGGGGUUCCUAGCAAUUUCGGUUAAAUCGACCAUGCUCUACAUCAUGGUGCGAAAAUAUUUACGAAAUUUUUGGUGACAGUCCCUUGUAAACAAUAUGUUUUUUAAACCCGGCCCAAGUUUUCUGGGCUUUCUAUUGUAACAAUAAGUGGAAGAUAAAAUUUAAAUAAAGAAUUUUUUCCUUCAGAGAUUUCGCAAAGGAAUGGAUCCGCCGAGUGAAUUGGAAAUCUGAAUGUGGGAAGAAAUGUCAAAAUUGGGUAAAUAUAAUAGUAAAAAAAGUACCUUAUCUAAAAUGUAAUUAUAUAAUUAAUUUUUGUAUAUAUUAACUUAGGUUGUAUUCCUUUAUUUUUUCGUCACUUAAUAAUAUUUUCGAUAAUAUUUGGCUACCUUUUCUUUCCUUCUUAUUUCCCCGACCAAUGUAUGGACAGCUAACUAUUUUUAUUGUUAUCCUUAUGAGAAAACUUAGAUAUUUUAUGAUUUGUGAUUCCUGCUUUAGA